AUGGAGUCUGCUUCGUACAAAACCCUCACUACUGGGCGUGGAUUUAAAUAUAACUACUACUUCUCAGCUGGGACUCCCUCCAAGCCCACGCUACUCUUUGUCCACGGAUUUCCCUCGACGUCGUAUGACUGGCGUCACCAGAUUUCUUUCUUCCAGAAGGAGGGUUUCACCGUGAUUGCCCCAGACGCUCUGGGGUACGGGGGUACGGAUAAACCGGAGGAUCCUAUAUCGUACAAGCACAGUGGUAUGGCAGUAGACCUUAUAGACGUCCUGAAUGCAGAGAUGGUGGACAAGGCCAUCGCAAUCGGACAUGAUUGGGGAUCAGCGUUAGUGGCACGGUUGGCCAGCUACUUUCCGGAACGCUUCCUUGCGUUCGCGUUUUUAGCAGUCGGAUAUUCCGCCUCCCAUGUGAACUACAGCUAUAGUGCAGUUACGGACCGCUUAGCGCAAACAUUGGGGUAUAACCCAUUCGGAUACUGGAGAUUCUUUACCGAAGAAGGGGCAGCAGACAUUAUCAUGAAUCAUUGGGAUUCUGCUCUUAGUCUCAUAUAUCCUGCGGAUCCUAUGCUAUGGAAAGAACACCUAUGUCCGCCGGGGGCAGCAAAAGAAUGGCUAUUAGCGGAAAAGGUGGCCCCACCUCCCAGCUACCUGACUGAAAAGGCAGAAGUCAUGACGAGCAAGUUUGCUGAUGAAGGAAUCGCUGGAGGCUUGAACUGGUACAAAGUAUUCUUGAAAGGGAUUGCAGCUGAGGACGACAAACGUGGACAUCUUAUCAUAGAAAUCCCGGAAACGAAUCACGUCGUUCAGCAGCCGGUCUUCUAUGGCGGAGGAAAGUCAGACUAUGCCACCCUUCCUGCAAUCGCCUAUGAGAGCUUGAAGAAAUACUGUCCGAACAUCACAAUAAAAGAGUUCGACACAGGCCAUUGGAUACAGCUUCAGGCUCCAGAUGAGGUCAAUCGUGAACUCCUGGUAUGGAUCAUGGCAAAGGCAAAAUUGUAG